CAUUACUACAUCCUGUACUGUGUAUGAAUAAAAACGUCGAGUUUGCCUCGAUCAGACACGAUCCACGUUUUACAGCAGCAAGAUGAGAAUUGUUCUGGUGUUAUUGGUUCUGGUUGUCGUGGCCACGUUCGGGGUCGACAGUUUUCGUUUGCGUGGACGGCGGUUUUGGCGUAGGGUGAAGAGGGCAGUCACUGCCAUCGCCGUUGCUAAAGUUGUGGGUGCCGUCGUAGCUGGUGGAAAACGAGAUGUUGCUGACAUUGACACCAACAUGGAUGGCGUGGUGGACCAGGCGGAAGUGGAGAACUAUUUCGGCACGAGAGACGCACGUGACUUGCUAAGUCUCGCGGAUGCUGACGGUAAUAAUGAAGUCGCCGUAGAUGAAUUUCAACAAGCAUUGCAAAAAUGAGCCAGAACCUAAAAUAUAAGAAAGAACCCGCUGGCGAAAGAGAUUCUCCUUGAAUAACAUUAAAUACUAGAUCAACUUAAUACAAUUAAGAUUAUUUAACUUCAUAUACUA